AUGUUGAAAUUACUUGCCUACGCUCUCCUUUGUUCUCAGGUCUUAGCAUCUCCAGUAUCACCCCGAUGGUCAUCUGAUCAGUGCCAAAGCUCACCCCUUCGAUCGCUCGCUCAAGCCAAUAUUCAGUCAGUUCACCCGGAGAACGAGAUGAAGUGGGAGGUCAUCGAACCUCAAAGGGGUGUUUUCAACUGGACGGAAGUGACCUGGCAAGUUCCUGCCCUGGCUGAACCCCGAUUUCCGCGCUCACAACCCUUACAGGUCAUUGCAAAGGCAAAGGAAGUGGGUGGAAUCGUCCGAGGACACAAUUUCUGUUGGGACCAACAAACCCCCACCUACGUCACCAAUAUCACCGACCCUGACGAGCUUAAGACCGUUUUGAAAGAGCACAUCGAUGCAGUGCUUGGCAGAUACAAAAACGAUCUCUAUGCCAUGGACAUUAUCAACGAGCCACUCAACGACAACGGUACCAUCAAGGCAUCUGUGUGGUACGACGUCCUUGGAGAAGACUAUCUAGCUGUCUGUUUGCAAUACGCCCGUGAUGCCGCGCCAAAUCUCAAACUGUAUAUAAACGAUUACAACAUUGAAGCAGUCAAUAAUAAGUCUAUCGCCCUUGCUAGCAUCGUAUCUGGGCUCAAGGAUCAGGGAGUACCCAUUGAUGGGGUUGGCUUCGAGUCUCAUUUCGUUGGAGGAGAGGUACCAACAACACUACAGGCGAGUAUGAAGCAGUUCACCGACAUGGGCUUGGAUGUAGCUAUAACGGAGUUAGACGUCAGAGUUCCCGUCAAUAACUCGGGAUUGCCAACUCUACCUGGUUACAGAUUCAAGCCGAUGAUUAUGCGACGGUUGUCCAAGCCUGUCUUGACAACGGUAAUUGCCCAGGAAAAACCUGCUCUGGGCUCAAUCUCAUCUACGCUGGCCAGCGGGUUCAACUGCGGCAAUGGCGAUCGCAAGUGA